ACAACAGCUUUCAUGUUUCUUCUGUAUCUUAGGGCACAGAGGGCGUUUAAAGGUUCUCACCAAAGCUUCGGCUAGCAGAUCGGAACGAGGAGGCUUCUCAGGAAAAACACUCUGGACUGGUUAUAAGGCAGCAAUACCCUGAUUUCAAGAGCUCAGAGAUCUGCAGAGGAAAGCAAAAUAAUUCAAGCAACAGAGAUGAUGCUGAGGCUGAGGAGAGCCCUGUGGCUGGUUCUGAGCAUGCUCAGUCUGUCCCUGCUGCUGGUGGUGCUGGGAACCUACACGACCACCCGUACAGAAAGCCUGGAGGUGGCUGGUUAUCUCUCUGGAGUUAUUCUGACUGUUGGCUCGUUCCUUGGACUUUUAGGACUCCUCCUAGAAGAGAACCGCAGGCAGAUGCUUACAGCCGCCAUUGUAUUCCUGAGCUUUGGGAUCAUCGCCUCCUUUUUAUGCCUGAUGAUUGAUGGUGUUUGUAUCCUCUUAAACAUGGACAUGCGUCCUCUUAAAGCAGGGAGGUGUCAGUAUUACAGCAGCGGUUAUAUCUAUGAGAACUCCUACAUUGCAGUGCCAUGUUGGACUCUGAGGGACUCUUGUACCAUGACUGUUCAAAGCGGAACCUGUUACUGCUGUGACCUGUACGACUGCGCCAAUGGAGACUAUAUGAAUAAUUACUUUGAGUUUGUUGGAGUACAAAGCUGUGAGGAAGUUUUCACGCUGUACAUUUUGAUCUGGACCCUCACCGGCCUGAACCUCAUGGCGUUUUUCACGGGGAUCCUGACUGCUGCCGUGCUCGGAAACAUCAAGUCCUUGAGGAGUACCGACCUGACGACAGCUGCUCCUGGCAGGACCUCCUCCUGCCCUUCAGCUCCUCUGCUGAUGGACGCCAGGAACCACACAGCUCAGCAACUUCCUCCCGGAAUGUCGGAUUGUUUCCCUCGUGGAGAACCAAGAGCUUUCCCACAGGUUUUCCUCCAUCAGUGACUCGGCACUCAGUCUAGACUGCCUCCCUUCAAACCGCUGCCCCAUCUCUGCUGCCUCAAAUAGUCCCCAGCAAUACUGCAUGACCUUUAGUAUCACCCCAAAAAUGCAUCAAGCAGAAGAAGACAGAAAAUUUGCAUCGCACCUGCAAAUUUAAAGGGAUCCCAGUGGUUAUUCCUGUUCAACUCAGCAGACUUUAGAGAAAUCUGAGCUUAAUCAGACUUUAUCUAGAGCUGUAUAUGUAUAGGACACCAUAGGACAUAGGACACCAACUGUUAUGUGAAGAUAAAAUCAUGCUCUUUCAUGAAGUUAGAAAAAUCCUUUUUGACGGUUUGAUAUUCAACCCUUGAAAUGUAUUCAAAUCAAUAGAACUUCAUUACAUUUUCUCAUGUUUAUAUUAAACAGGAAGUUACUGGCAUUUGAAAACUGUGAUAUGCAACAAUUCUGGGGUUUCUCUCCCCCAGUGUUGCACAUCGAUGCUCUGAAAGCCGAUGGUUUGGAAAUAACCCAAUUGUAACCAUGUAUUGGUUCAGAUUUGGACUGAACUAUCCCACGACUCAGGUCAAUUGAAGUUAGGUUUGUACAAAUUAGGGCUAAUGCUGACCCUAAAACACAAUAUUAAACUUUUUUUUCUAAGCAGAAAUAACGUUAGCUUUGGUCAUUAGGUGACAUCUGUUAAAAAGGCCUUUGAUGAAUUGGUUCAGUUUUAGCAUAAGCCAAUAGUUUGUAAAUAAAAAAAAAUCCUACAGCUUUUAAAAAGCUAGGAUUAACUUUCUACUGGCAGUAAUGUAUGUUUUUUUCAUAGUUAUGUCCGAUCAAAUCACAAUCCGAUCAACAAAGCUGUUUUUUGAGGAAUGUUGAGACUUUCCUUCAACGCAGAUAAUUGGGUGAAAAUUUUACCCCAAAUUUAAUUAAGGCUUUUCAACCUCUUAUCCUAUAUAAUUUAUUAAGGGCAGGAUUUAAUUUAAGAAUAUUAAAUCUUAACAUUUCUGACCUCAUUCUGACCUGGAGGAACAGCUCCUUUGAUCAUCUGUUCUUAGCAUUUUAUUCCAGAUUCCCCACGGGCAAACGAGCCGAACCACUUUCAAGUCAUCCUGAAAGAACCGAUGAACCCACUCACUAUCUCUGUCUUCUCACUCAUAACGAUUCAGCAGAUAGAGGAUGUGAUUGGAAUAAAAACAUGACAGAUCAUAGGCAGUGUUUCAUUUUCCUCCAUAGUUCAGUUGUGAUCAUUGUGCAGAUGUAAUUAGUUACAGACACACCAACCACAGGCUUCUAGGGAUUUAUCACGACUUCAUUAGUUUUUGUUCCCAUGUUUAUAGUAAUCAGUACUGGUUCUUUAUCACAUGCAUAGAUCACAUAUUUUUAUUAGGGAUCUAUUUUGGAGGAUUUUGUAUAAACCUAAAGUAUUUAUUGUGCUCUCUCAUUUUCUUUACAUGGUCUUGGAAAUAAUUUUCAAGGUUUAAAAGAAUUCCUAUUUGAGUUUGCCUUAAAGCUGUUCUUUUCAACUCUGUCGGCUCUAAUCAGCACACUUUAAACCUACAGAAAGUCCUAUUUUAUGUACUACAACUAUUAUUAUUACUAUUAUUUGACUUUAAUAAUAUGAAUCCAUGUUAUGUUUACAAAAUAUGACCAUGUUAUCCGCUUGACAAAAAUGGUGGUGGCAGCCUCAUCCUGUGGGACUGCUUUCUAAAAAUCCGUCAGAAUAAAUCUUUGAGAGGUUGCGAAAUAAUUAGAUAAAAUCCUGAAAAUCAAACUUGAAUGGGUUAGACUCAGUUAGUUAAGCAAGCACAAAUUCUCUUCUUUAUUCUCUUCAUACCAGUGAAGUCUAAUCAUACAGAGAGAUAGGAUUCAAUGACUGAGAUCUCAGACUGAGCCAUUAGGGUAAAGGUUAUGGAAGUGAUUGAGCAAACGUGUUGCAAAGGCACAAAGAAACAACUUCCUUUUUAAAAUAGAUGUUUUUAGCAGAGGCUUGUUCUGGGUUACAUUGCAGCAUAUUUAUGUGUAAGAAUGGACUUGUCAAAGUUAAGACUGAAACUCUUGGUGCAAAUACAGAAUUGAUACUCAGAGAUGCCGCCAUUUUGAAUGAGCUUGAGCUGCACUGCAAAGAAUAAUGGAGAAAUUUCCUUCUGGGGAGUUGCAGCUGUGACUGUAGGUCGAGGUCGAUUUUCUGCCGUUAACUCAGCAGUGCUGAACAUUUUAGUUGUAGAAAUCAUUCAGGAGCUCAAUGUGUCUGUUUCCAUUAUAAUUUCAGAACCAAGGUGUCUUGGUUCUGUUAAACUUCUUUAAUUUUUCAGUUUCACAUUAAAUCAUGUUUUUCUUUUUUUCUAUUUUUCUUGCUUUAACUCCUCUUUGGUGUGUUUUCUGGGUGUAUUUGCAUUCUUAGGUUUUUCUUUGUUGCCCUCUUGUGUUUGUCUCCUUUCCCCUAGCUCCUUUCUAGAAGCCUCUGUUCACACCUGCUCCCAAUCAGGUCGUUAGU